UGUCCCUGCUGGAGCGCCGAGUUGAGUUUGACAAGAGAGUUAUCACUGUUGAACUUCACAAGUUUGUCUGUUACUCCUUAAACCAUAUUGAAAACAGGUAGUAGCACUAAAACCGACUUUGAGGAACCCAAGCUGUCACUUUAAGGCAAUCAUGGAGCGCUCCAAACAGAAACAAAUGAAUCAAAAUGAAAAUGAAACAGAUGCCGCGAUCAAUGGGCACUUUGACGGACGGGCGAAAGUUCCCGGAUGGAGCGCCGGUGGUGCCGCAGGGACCCCGAGCACCGUGCCGUCCUCCAGCGUGAUGGAGAGCUGGCGUGAAGAACGCACUCGCAGUCUGGAAGACAAUGAGAUGAGCCUGCCGAGCAUCGCCGCGGCGUACACCACGAUCCUCAGGGGGCUCGGGGAAGAUCCGCAGCGGCAGGGGCUCCUCAAAACUCCGUGGAGAGCCGCCACCGCCAUGCAGUUCUUCACCAAGGGUUAUCAGGAAAAAAUCAUCGAUGUCCUGAAUGACGCAAUCUUUGAUGAAGACCAUGACGAGAUGGUGAUCGUGAAGGAUAUUGACAUGUUUUCCAUGUGUGAACACCAUUUAGUUCCCAUUUUUGGCCGGGUGCACAUAGGUUACCUUCCAAACAAGAGGGUUCUUGGUCUGAGUAAACUAGCAAGGAUUGUUGAGAUAUAUAGCAGGAGAUUGCAAGUUCAGGAGCGUCUAACCAAACAGAUUGCAGUCGCCAUCACUGAAGCGUUACAGCCUGCUGGGGUCGGGGUGGUCAUCGAAGCAACUCACAUGUGUAUGGUUAUGCGAGGCGUCCAGAAGAUGAACAGCAAGACUGUGACCAGCACCAUGCUUGGUGUUUUCCGUGAGGACCCCAAGACACGAGACGAGUUCCUGAGCCUGAUCCGGAGCUGAGGGUCCGUGUUCACUCUCCACUGCCAAAACACUCUGACCAGCCCUCUUCUCAAACGCCUCCCUGGAUCUACGGAUCCUUCAUCUCUGGUUCUGCCUCCGGACGAGGCCCUGCUGCUGUGUAACAUAGUGUCCCAUCGGUAACACCUUCUCGUCUGUGUCUCGUGUGUGGAUGUGUGUGUUUUGUGCACGUUUUAGUCAGUAGAGCUGUGGGAGCCUCUAUUGACGGGACUGUGGCUAUUACUGUUAAAUGGAAGCAUUGUGUUUUGAAGGACGUCUUAGAUUAACACAAUUUCACCUCUUUAAACUGACAAGAACCAAACCCACCGAAAUCUGUUUAGAUCUCUUUCCGGCUGUGUCACAUUCAUUCUCUAUUCAACGCAAUUGAGUUGCUUGAAAUACGCAAACAAAGUGGUUUUAUUUUCACGCUCCUGAACAGGGAGGUGCAUGUCAUUCUGAAUAUUUGAAUAAUUACAUAAAAGUACUGUUGAGGAACAAUGGUACGGUAACGGUAAUGAAUAGAACCACUAAAUAAUUACAAAUAUUCUUACACCUUGAUAUUUACAUUGUACUUCAAAGAUUGUUAUGGUAUUAUAAUGGUACAUAUCCAAAAACCUAGUAUUACAAAGAAAGCACCACUUUUUAUAAGUGAAUAAAUCCAGACUGGUUUUAUUGUUGUUUUACUAUGUGCUGAAAAUGUAUUAUGGCUACGCUGUCUUAUAAUGUAAUAUUUAAUAUAAUGUAUGCGUCCUGUGUACAUCAGUCAGUAAUUAUGCCCAGACCCAAAGUAUCAUCUGCUCUUGAAAGGAUGGUUCAUCCGGAAAUGAAACUCACCCUCAUGUUAUCCACACAUGUUUUGCCUUAAACGUGACAUAUGAAAUGUUAGUCUGAAAAAAAAAAAAUGAUAUUUUUCUAAUGGAACGGUUUAUUGAAGCAUACUUUUAAGGUUACAUGUUUGUGUUUUUUGUUGAGUAUUAUGUUUGAUACAUCAAGUUUUUAUGGCUCAUAUAGUAGAAUAUAGGAAAAUGUCAUAAAAAAUAAAAAUAAAAACCUAAAUUUUAUUCAGAGGUCCAAAUUUUAUGAAAAUAUGCACUUUUGCUGUUAAUAUAAACACCGUUUUUGCAUUAUUACAUGAUUUUUAAGCAAACUACCUUCACAAAUUCACAUUAUUGUAAUGUUAAAAAUAAAUGUUUUACCAAUUUUUAUCAUGGUGAUUUUAUGGAGUUUAUAUUCAAGGAGGCAAAAUACAUCAGAAGUCGAGACUGAGUGAAAAUGUGCAGUUUGGUAUUUAAAUGAUUAUUUUACUAUCAAAGCUCUGUAGUUUUGAAACAUAUAAUGCAAUGCAAUUCAACUAUGAUAAAGAGACGUAUAAAUAAAUGUAGCUGAAAUCCUGAUGUAUUUUAAUCAAGUUUUAAUAUGAUUUUUUCAUAUUUCAUAAAAUGUUUUAACUUGUAUGGAUAAUGGAUUAAACUUAAGUUGCUUCAAUACAGUAUGUGAUUAUCUUGAAAAAGUAUAAGCAAUUAAAAAUUUAAGUUAAGAUUUCACAGCAAAAAGACACGGUGCACGGUGUUAAAAUGAUCAGACAAUUCAUUGGGAGGACAAAAACAGCCAUUCUUCAGCUAGCUUCUUUUUUGUCAAGCAGAAAGAAACAGUGAUACAGGAUUAAAACAACCCUAGGGUGAGUAUAUAAUAGCAUAUUUAGUAUUUUUGGGUGAACUGUCUGUUUAAGUGUUUAUUUGGGCUCGUCAUUGAUGGCAUUUACAAGUUUUGUGUAACUCUAUUAUUUUCUGUUUAAAAUCAGCUGUUGAGUCUGAUGUGUUGGAUGUUCUGUGUUGAAGUGAUAACCAGCUCCAGCCUUCUGAAUGUCCUGUCUGUACGGUCCUAGAUGUUGUUUACUCUCUGAAGGUCUUCUUUUAUUUGUUAAGGUGCAGUCAAGGUCAACUUAGUAUCUGAUUUUGCACAUUGUGGGAUUCACUUACAGUAUGAAGAAUACAGAACUUAGCUGUACUGAUAUAAUUGUGAUCUUUGUAAUAAAAAUAAGAUAAAAAAAGAUGGAAAUCAACUAAAAUAUAUAUACAUUUGUAAAACAUAUUUUAUACAUUUACUCAGAUGCAUGUUUACCUCUCCUUGGUUAUGUACAGUGCGUUUUUGAGUAAGAAUUCAAACUAUAUACUUAUGUAUCAUUGUAGAAAAUUAUAUUACGCUCAGAAACAAUGGAUACUGUGGAUUUACUGAUACUGUUGUAUUGUCUGUGUAAUGACUUGUUUUAAAUUAUGAAACAUUCCUUGAGUGAUGUUCUGCAUUCCAUAAGUCCAAACUCUGAGCCAAAUGGUAUCUGAGAUGUUCAGUGUCACAAUCGCUUCAUAAGAGUGGAUUCAUUGAGAAAAUGAACACUUGAUAUUGAGAAGUAUAGUGUUAUUCAUGUGGCCUUCUUUAAACUAAAGUCUCAAAGAGCCUUACUAUUGAUGUUCUUCGUCAUUUUCAGCUUAAAAUAAAAUAAAAUAUUGUGUAAAAUA